AUGCUCCAACGCACUCUCCUCCGCGCACCGCACCGGCGCCCCCAGCACCACCUCCUGCGGCGCUUCGCAACGCACCCCACGCCGCCCACGCCCGCCUCGCGCCUCGACCGCCUCAACCGCCGCCUCCCGAAAUUCCUCCACAAGCACACCGCCGCGCUCGCCACCGCGCCCCUCUCGCACAUAACCGCCUUCCUGCUUCUCCACGAACUGACCGCCAUCAUUCCCCUCAUCGGCCUCGCCACCACCUUCCACUACACGCACUGGCUCCCCUCGUGGUUCGCAGAAGGCGCCUGGGUGCUGGCGGGCGUGGAGCGUUUCGGCGCGUACUUCCAGCGCAAGGGGUGGGUGCGGAGCGCAGAUGUGGCGGCUGCGGAGGAGGGGGUCGAGCUGCGGCGGCGCGACCGCGCGUGGCAUUUGGGCGAGGGCGGGGCGCGGGUGCUGGUCGAGGUCGCGACGGCGUAUGCGGUGACGAAGGUGCUGUUGCCCGUGCGGAUUGUGGUUAGUGUGUGGGGGACGCCGGGGUUUGCGAGGUGGGCGGUUGUGCCGGUUGUGAGGCGGUUCAAGACGCUGUUUGGGAGGGGGGCGAAGCCGGAAGUUGCGAGGGGAGGGGGGACGGGGGCGGUGGGUGGUGGGGCGGUGCCGCGCAAGGCAGCGGAGGAGAAACCCACCAAUAUCGAGAUGUGUUUCGGGGACCAAACGAGAUACACCACGAGGACCCGCAUCCAGAAUGGAGUGCGACUUCAAGAGGAAUUGGUGGUGCCGCGCCAUCGAGGCUCCUUGCGCCGCAGGUAUGGAGCAUCCUACUAUCCCUCCAGGUACUAUGCUCGCCCUCCCGGAGGCCACUACAGUGGUGGCGCCAUGCGGUAUCCUGCGCGCUACCCUGCAAACGUUGGCUAUCCACGAGCCAUGGGCGCUACAGCUAUGGGCUACCCCAAGCCCCGCCACAAUUACAUCUACAACCCCCGAUACGGCCAACGCGGCGUCCUCACCUACGCCGGCCAGCAAGCCAACGGCGCCUACCCCUCCGGCGUCGCAGGCGCCAUGAUGCCCAGCUACGGCUAUGGCUACAACUACGGCGCAGGAGGCAUUGGCUACGCCGCCGCACAACCGGUAUACCACCCAUACGCCAGCGCCUACAACUCGUACCAAAACUACUCGUACCCAAACUACUCAUACCCGAGCCACGCCGCCUACGCCGCGCUGGGAGGCUACCACACCGCCAGCCUGCACGGCUCGAUGUACUCCCUCGCUAACUUCUACUCCCCGUACCAGCGCUCCUACUACGCCACCGUGCCCUCGUGCGGCUACACCGCACACGUCUACCCGCCCGGCCCCACCACCUUUCACGUCGCCAACAGCCACGCCGCCGCCGCCGCGCCGCCGGGUCCCGUCCGCACGUGUGCCCAUACGACGCGCGAGGACGUGCAGAUGGAGAACCGCCGCAUCGCGACAGAGCGCGGUGCGUAUAGUGCGAGGCGCAUCAAGCCCGCGGAUGCGCGCGAUGACGAUCCGUUCUGGUGCCGUGAGCGCAACGGCGAGUGGCAUCUGAGGACAUACUAUCAGAUUGAGAAUGAAUGCUAUCCCGGGCAGUGGCUGAUGGAUGCGGAAAUGGGGUUUCUUGUGUUCCACCGCGGCUGA